AUGCAGGUCAAGUACCCGAUCAUGGGGCUAUCGUACGCCCGUGGCUUCUUUGCGAUCUGCGGUGGCGGUGGCUCGCUCAAGUCUGGAAUCAAAAACACCGUCGACGUUUACCGACUCUCGGACACUGACGCGACGGGGUUUACGAAAGAAAUCACCGUCGACACAGGCGUUGAACUUGCCUCUGGCGUCGCGUUUUCUCACGAUGGACAACUCAUGGCCGUGUCGAUUAGUGCUGGGUGCUGGAUCUACGCUCUGGACUGGAAGGACAAGACUAUGACGCUCUUGGUCAAGUUUCGCUCGGAUUUCCACCCCGAGGACAGUUCCCAGACUUGUGCUCACUUCGUGGGCAACUCGACCAUCUUGACGGGCGGAGAAGAUGGAGUAGUGCGCGUUUGGAGGUUGCGACGAGACCCGUAUAAGCGUGAGAAGGACGUGGGUUCGUCCAAGGCUCUCAUUGUGCCGGACGAGAGAGAUCAUCACGCGAAAGUGACGGCAGAAGAGCAGCCAAAGCUUGGCGACUGUGUAAUCAAUCGAGACAAUAUGGUGACACUGACGAGAGAGUAUCGUGGUCAUACGAAGCGAAUUCGCGACAUUGACGUGGAUCUCUCGCAUCGCAACCUUGUGGCGUCGAGUGCAGAGGACCAAUCGUGCCAUUUAUGGCGACUGACGGAAAUGACGCCGAUAUGCAAGUUUCAAAAAGAUGACGCGCUGGAUGUCGCGUUCCAGAGACUGCCGACGAAACCAACGGUGGGACCACGCAAACACUUGUUUCGGUGUGUGCGCUUUGCCCGCAGUGGACGUCGCUUGUAUACUGUGCUGACCUCUGCUCGUGGCGACUCCAUUUUGGUCAAAUGGAAACCCGAGACUGUUGCGCAGGAAAACGAAGACCAGUGGUCGUGGAUGGUGGAAGAAAUGGCUAUUGCUGGAGACAAACCUGUUGCGAGCCUGUGUGUGAGUCAGGAUGAUCGAUUUGUGAGUGCGGCUGCAGUGACGGGAGAGAUCAGAGUGUUUCUGGCAUCCACGUUGCAACAGUACAAAAAGGAGUCAGCGGAGCAGCACUCGUUCGCUAUCACCGGCAUGAGCUUUGUGCCGCCGGUGGAUCCACGUGAGUCUGUUUUAUACUUGGUGAGUGGUGGCGCCGACAAGAGUCUGCUGCGGCAUGCAGUUUCCUUGGAGGGUGGUCUUGUCACGUCGAGGAGAGCGAUCCUAGUUGAUGGUCUAAAGCGUGUGGUGGGUGCCACUGUCGGCCUUGGAUUAAAUCUAUGGAUGGCGAUGCUUCUGUUCGUUAUUACCCUGCUAUUCAUCCACGCAAGGACUGCGAUGCUAUCGGACGGCCCGCUGGCAGGUUUCAAUGAUAUAGCAUCGCUUCGGUCCGACUCAGCAGAUGGGCUAGUAACGGUUGGAGCUCUCGUUGUGACUACUGGCGUGACGUGGUUCUUUGCAGCGCAUAGCUCUGUGACGAAUCGUUUCUUCUGGAACGGUCUGCUUUGCUUACUUUCCGGCAUCGAAGCCUUUUACAUCGCGAUAUCAACCGAGCUCGAAGUCAAGUGGAAAACUGGAGAUGCUGCUAUUGAUGAGCUACUCGAAUACAAGCUCGCGAUUCUCCUCGGCGCGUGUUGUGUCGUGUUUUUCCUGUGCCAUUCCCUGCUAGUGCUAGCACUAUGA